AUGUCCUUCUCCAUGGAUUUCCGCUCGCUGGGCCGAGACCUUGCCCUCGCGUCGCAGAGCGCGGUCGGCUCGUCCAAGGACUUUCUGGACCUAGUUAAAGCCAUAGGAGAGGCUAAGUCGAAGGCGGAGGAGGAUAGGAUUAUGGCAGGGGAGCUGGAGCUGCUUAAAAAGAAGAUAUCUGAGCCAGACGUGCCUAAGAAGCGAAUGAAAGAGUACAUCCUUCGUCUCAUGUAUCUCGAGAUCCUGGGCCACGAUGCGUCGUUCGGUUACAUCCACGCCGUGAAGAUGACACACGACGACAACCUUCUGUUGAAACGCACGGGUUAUCUCGCGUGUACGCUUUUCCUGGACGACUCGCACGAUUUGAUCAUCUUGAUAGUCAACACGAUUCAGAAGGAUCUUAAAUCCGAUAAUUACCUCGUCGUAUGCGCGGCGUUAGGAGCCGUCUGCAAAUUAAUCAACGAGGAAACCAUUCCGGCGGUCUUGAACCCAAUAGUAGACCUCCUUAAGCAUCCCAAGGAGCUGGUCCGGAAGAAGGCGGUGAUGGCGCUACAACGCUUCCACCAGCGAUCGCCGUCCAGCGUGUCGCACGUGACGGAGAAGUUUCGCCAGGCGCUGUGCGACAAGGACCCGAGCGUGAUGAGCGCGUCGCUGUGCGGCCUGCACGACCUGAUCGCGGCGGACCCCGCGCCGUACCGCAACCUGACGGCGUCGUUCCUGAGCAUCCUGAAGCAGGUCGCCGAGGGCCGUCUGCCCAAGUCCUUCGACUACCACCGCGUGCCCGCGCCCUUCAUCCAGAUAAAGCUGCUGAAGCUGCUGGCGCUGCUGGGCGCCAACAACCAGGCGGCCAGCGAGCCCAUGUACCCCGUCAUCGCUGACGUCAUCAGGCGCAUCAGCGAGUCGCAGCCCAAGGCGGGGACGACGGGUCGGCGGGACGACUCGCAGGUGACAGCUGGCAACGCGAUCCUGUACGAGGCGAUCCGCACGGUGGCUGCAAUUCACCCGAGCGAGCAGCUGCUGGCGUCGUGCGCCGCCAUCACCUCCUCCUUCCUCAAGAGCAGCGUGCACAACCUGCGGUACAUGGGCGUGGACUGCCUGGCGCAGAUCGUGCGCAUCAACCCCGACCUGGCCACGGAGCACCAGAUCGCCGUCAUUGACUGCCUUGAAGACCCUGACGACUCACUAAAGCGCAAAACACUUGAUCUCCUUUACAAGAUGACGGGCCCGGGGAACGUGGAGGUGAUAGUGGAGCACGUGCUGCAGUACCUGCGCGGGCUGCGGUCGGGGGAUGAUGCGCACGCGCAUGGGCGCGCUGACCUGGCGGCGAGGAUUGUUGAGCUGGCGGAGAGAUUUGCGCCGUCCAAUGAGUGGUUCAUUCAGGUCGAGGCACAUGCUACUACAGUCAUUUCAUCAUCUCCUAAUGUCUUCACACCAUUCUGCACCAUUCUCACUGUCUCUGUUGGUCCUCCUCCCUUUCCCCCCCUUCCUCUCCCCCCUCCACCUCCCGCGCCCUCCUUCACACCUUUCCGCGGGCAGACGAUGAACAGUGUGUUUGAGGUGGCGGGGGACGUGGUGCGCCCCAAGGUGGCGCACGACCUCAUGCGCCUCAUUGCUGAGGGAUCGGGCGGUGACAACGACGACGCCGACUCGCGCCUGCGCUCCUCCGCUGUGGGUGCCCAUGCCGUCUCGCCCUUGCAUCGCAACGCAAACACAGUGCAAUCAUACGUGAAGCUGCUCAAGGAACCGAACCUGCCCACGCUGCUGCUCCAGGUCAUAUGCUGGGUGUUGGGGGAGUAUGCCACGUCAGACGGCCACAUGUCAGCGGAUGAAGUUAUGGCAAAGCUGUGUGACGUGGCAGAGGGCCAUGACACCGACGACACUGUCCGGGCGUACGUGCUAUCAGCCAUGGCAAAGGUGGUGGCGUAUGAGGCGGCGUGCGGGCGGCAGGCACGGCUGUCGGGGGAGGCGGGGGCGCUGGUGGAGGAGAUGGUGGCGGCGCACAGCACGGACGUGCAGCACCGCGCCUACCAGCUGCAGGCACUGCUCGCCCUUCGCCCCGACACCCUCGCUGCCGUGCUGCCCGUCGAUGCUAGCUGUGAAGACAUUGAGAUCGACCCGGCGCUGCCCUUCCUGGACCAAUAUGUGGCGGACUCGCUGGCAGCGGGGGCGCGCCCCUACCUCUCGGAGUCGGACCGCCUCAACUUCUCCGUGGGUGCAGAUGCCACCUCCCUCGCCUCCUCCCUGCACGACUCCUCUGCAUCUGCUGCCGCGCGCCACUCAGACCGCACGCUGCGCUUUGAGGCAUACGAGCAGCCCAAGCUGCCCGCCGCACCCCUCACUGCCUCACAGCGUGGCGGCACCGGUGGCGGUGCGUUCUCCUCCUCUGCUGCUGCCUAUUCGUCCGCGAAUCCUCCUCCUGCCCUCUCUGCUACUUCGUCUGGAGGGUUCCGGGAGUCGUCCGGUGGGGCCUAUGGGGGAGGGGAGGCGAGCAGCGGCGGUGGGGGAGGUGCAGCAGAUGGUGCUAGGCUGAACCUCUCAGGCGUGCAACGGAAGUGGGGCCGUCCUGCUGCGUCCCCUCCGUCUGCUGCUCCUUCUUCUUCCGCUCCUGCAGGACCUUCUGCUGACUCAUUUUCUAUCCGUGCUGACUCAUCUGCUUCAGCAGCAGGAGCAGGGGUUGCAGCAUCAGGCGCAACCGCAGGGAGAGGGGGGAGAGCGAGUGAGAGCAGUCAAGUGAGCGAGGAGAAGCAGAGGCUGGCAGCGAAGCUGUUUGGGGGCAAGGGAGCAGCAGGUGGGGGUGCAGCCGCUUCAUCUGGCCUGGCAGGGACGAGGUCUGAGCCAAGAACGGUGGGGGCAGGAGGGCCGUGGGGCAAACGAGGGUCUGGAGGAGCAGCAGAGGGCGCUGCAGCAGAUGGUGCUGCUUCCAGUGCUCCUGCACCCCCUCCUGCCCCUGCUGCCCCCGUGGCUGACCUGUUGCUGAUGGAUCUCAAUGAUGACCCGCCCCCAGCGAACAUGGCAUCCAUGCUUGACAGCUCAGCAGCAGCCCCUGCCAGUACAGCUGGUACUGCUUCAUUGGACCCUUUCAAGGCUCUGGAGGAGCUGACAGUGAUGCCAGCUGGUGAACCGCUAUUGGCUGAGAUCAGCAUGAGUGGCGGUUCGUCUGCCAGCAUGAGCUCAACAGCCACUGCAUCUCCUGCACCUGCACUCUCUGGUGCGGUUGGUGCUGCGGAUAAGUCAGCGAACGGAGCAGCCAUCGGUGGGGCGGUGGCCAUUGGUGGGCGAACAGCAGUGGGUGCUGCAGCUGCAGCAGGUGCAACAGCCAAGGGCCGAGAUGCUGCUGCUCGCAGAGUUGGAGUGGUCACUCCAGAGUCGGGCGCAAACCCUGAACUGUUCAAGGACCUGUUUUGA